AUGCUUGGAUCUUCUGAAAGUUCAAAAAAGAAUUUGGAAUCAACUGGUCUUUUGAAUAAAAAAACCCAAAAUAAGGAUAAUGAUAAGCAAGAGCCUAUGGGUGACAAAGGUUUAGUGGAAAAGUUCAAUUUGGAAUCCUUGGCAGAAAAACUUGGCAACAUUUCUGUUAAGCCUACACCCAGUUUUGAUGAUGAGAAAUGGUCAAAGAUCUGUAAAAUAACGAAAAACCUUCUAACUGCAAAUGCGAAAAAGUAUACAGAAGCUUCCGUUGAGAAUACACUAUCUACUUUGGACCCCGUCGUUUUAUCAGAUAACCUGAAAUUGCCUAAUGAAUUUAGUGUUUCUGACCAGAAGACGUCGUUCCCUCUGUGGAACACAAACACUCUAGAAUUUAUUUCUCUUGCAUCUCUAAACAGGCCCUCUAAAUUCACAUUUUGCUUUAAGAUGGUAGAUUCUAUUCAAACUAGGCCCAAAUAUGUUGACACUACACAUACGAAGCAUAAGAUUGUUAAUAAGGUUACACCGAUAACAAUCCAGGGGAAACAGUUAAAAUACGAUUCUACGCAACUUAUAUCUCUAAUUCAAAAGACCCAAAGGCAAAACGUGUCCGAGAAGAUGAACACAACUGAGCAUAAGGGAAGAGUAUUGGAAAAGUUUAACUUGAAGACUGAAGUAAAAAUUCCCCCGAACUGGGACAAGAAGGUCGGCUAUGAUCACAACAAGUGGGAUAAUCCAAGUUACAAUAGUCGGAGCAUAUUCUCACUAGGCCCCCUCGAGGAGAGAAAAGCAUCCAAAGGAAAUUCUGAAUUGCAGUCGGCUACCGGUGCUUUGAAGAAUCUCUCGUGUUUGGUUCAGGACUUUCAGGUCGGAAAGAAAUCUCAAGCUGAGGGAAGUGGAGACGACUUGAGCAAUUUAAACAUAAGUGACAUAAACAAUUUUGCAUUCGUGGACGAAGACGUCGAUGAUUCCUUAAAGUGCUCGAAGUUUAGCAAGUUCUUCAAGGUUUUGAAGGAUCAACAGGUUUGUAGGUUAACUCCAUAUUUGUGA